AUGGAGAUAGAACCCAUAUUACUAGCGGAGCCAUGCAUAGUUCAAAGCAAGAGAAGCAAGGUCGUUGAAGAUAACAGCAAGGUUGUCGUUUUGUCAAAAACAAGUGUCUUGUCAGAAACAUCUCAGGAUUUUUGCAACCACUCUGAGUCAUUUGAAAAGCUGGUACGGAUUGGCCUCCCCUGCAAUGACUCUGUUGAAGAAAAACUCUGUUGGCUUCGGUCCCAGAUGAUAGGCAACGAUGCUGAGUUCGAUUCUCCGUUUGGAAGAAGAAAACUUGUGUAUGCUGAUCACACUGCUUCAGGCCGCAGCUUACAUUACAAUGAAAACUUCAUCACCGAUCAUCUUCUUCCUUUCUAUGGUAAUACUCACACUUGUGACAGUUACGUGGGAAGCAGGACAACAAAAAUGCUGCAUGAAGCAACCACAUACAUUAAAAGUUGCCUUGGCGGUGGAGAAGAAGAUACAAUCAUAUUCUGUGGUUCCGGCACAACCGCAGCCAUCAAGAGGCUCCAAGAAGUAAUGGGAAUCACGGUGCCCUCGAUUUUGAGGGAAAGGGUGGUAAAGAGCCUUGGCAAAGAAGAAAGAUGGGUGGUGUUUGUGGGGCCCCAUGAGCAUCACUCAAACCUCCUUUCAUGGCGGCAAAGCUUGGCUGAAGUGGUUGAGAUUGGUCUUGAUGAUGAAGGCUUGUUGGACAUGGAUGCCCUGAAGCUACAGCUUGAGGCCUACAAAAAUACCAACAGACCAUUGUUGGGAUCUUUUUCAGCUUGUAGCAAUGUCACCGGGAUACACUCCGACACGCGAGCCAUUGCUCGUCUUCUUCAUCAGUACAACUGCUUUGCAUGCUUUGAUUUUGCAGCAAGUGGUCCAUACGUGGAAAUUGACAUGAGAUCAGGGCAUAGUGAUGGGUAUGAUGCUGUGUUCCUGAGUCCGCAUAAGUUUCUUGGUGGUCCUGACUCCCCUGGUCUGCUCCUCAUGAACAAGGUCCUUUACCGUAUAGGAUCUUCACCUCCCUCCACUUGUGGAGGUGGAACUGUUACCUAUGUCAAUGCCUUCAAUGAAAAGGAUACAUUAUACUUGGAGAACAUAGAAGAAAGGGAGAGUGGAGGAACCCCUCCAAUAAUCCAGACAGUUAGAGCAGCCUUGGCAUUUUGGGUGAAAGAAUACAUUGGCUAUGAAGAGAUUGAGAAAAGAGAACAGUUGUACAUUAACAAGGCACUUAAGAGGCUUAUCUCCAAUCCCAACAUUGAGGUUCUAGGAAACACAAGUACCAAGAGACAAGCUAUAUUGUCAUUUCUCAUCUACACUAACACCAAUUCUUAUUCCCAAGGACGUGAUGAACUUAACUUGUGGGCAGAAACAGGAUGCAAAAGAGGCUUGCCACUUCAUGGCCCUUUUGUUGCAGCAUUGCUCAAUGAUCUCUUCGGCAUCCAAGCUCGUGGUGGUUGCGCUUGUGCUGGUCCUUACGGCCAUGAGCUGCUCCAUAUCAACAAAUCUCAAUCACUUUCUAUUAGAUCAGCUGUUCAAAAGGGCUAUGUUGGAGUGAAACCUGGAUGGACCCGUGUUAGUUUCCCUUAUUACAUGAGUGAAGAGGAUUUUGAAUACAUUCUAAGUGCCAUUGAAUUUUUAGCUGUAUAUGGCCAAAGGUUCCUUCCUUUGUAUAGCUUCAACUUGAGAAAUGGCAGCUGGAGAAUAAAGACAGAGGAAUUUGAGGAAAAAACCAAGAAAAGCAAUGGCAAAUUCCCUACUAAAUUGUUGGGAAAAACUCCAGAAGAAAGAAAGAACCAAUCAUACUUUGACGUUGCUAAAUCCAUUGCCAGUGAUCUCCCAAAGCUCCCUUCCGAGGGGAUACUCAGUUUAAAUGUGGAUCCCAAUGUUAUAUGCUUUAGAAUUUGA